UUGUGUAUACGGCGUAGAGAAUUUCAUGGCCGUAUCGGUCGUCGUUGCAUCAGCGAGUGCAAUGUUCAUUUAUUUACGAGCGUUUUGCAGUGGCGAAUAUCGUCUAACUGACCAGUGAUUUAUACCUCGUAAAAUGGCCGAGUCGGAACAAAGGAGUAAAGAGAAUUGUACCAUGGGAUCUAAGGAAACGAUGGUAAAGCAAGAAAAGCGUGAGAACACGUUGACGAAUGGCGGGAAGGGUUCCGGCGAUGACGCGGACAGCCUCGAAGAAUUGCCUCUCGAUAUAGGCGAACACUAUCUCGUUCGCAGAUCCGACGAUUCUUGGCACCCUGCAGAAAUUAUACAAACUCGAUAUAAUGAAAGUGAAGGUCACUAUGAAUACUAUGUGCACUAUGAGGGACAUAAUAGAAGAUUGGAUGAAUGGGUGCCAAGGGACAGAAUCAUGUCUAGUAGAUUUGACAUGAGCGAUAGAAGCUGGAAGUGUGGAGAUAGAAAUUCCAGUACAGAUUUAUUGGCAGAUUCCACAGAUCGUAAAAUUACAAGAAAUCAGAAAAGGAGGCACGACGAGAUCAAUCAUGUACAAAAGACGUAUGCAGAAAUGGAUCCAACAACAGCAGCUUUGGAGAAAGAACACGAGGCAAUAACAAAAGUCAAAUACAUUGACAAAAUUCAAAUUGGAAAAUAUGAAAUUGAUACUUGGUACUUUAGUCCGUAUCCAGAAGAGUAUGGUAAACAACCUAAACUAUGGAUUUGCGAAUACUGCUUGAAAUACAUGCGUCUCGAGAAAACAUACAGAUAUCAUAUGAGUGAAUGUACUCACAGGCAACCAGUUGGAAAAGAAAUCUAUCGCAAAGGCACAUUGAGCAUUUGGGAAGUCGACGGUCGAGAACACAAAAUAUAUUGUCAAAACUUAUGCUUACUAGCAAAAUUAUUCUUAGAUCACAAAACUCUAUAUUUCGAUGUCGAACCGUUUCUUUUUUAUAUCCUCUGCGAAGUUGAUAAACACGGAGCGCAUUUGGUUGGUUAUUUUUCAAAGGAGAAAGAAUCGCCCGACGGUAACAACGUCGCUUGCAUUUUAACGUUGCCACCGUUUCAAAGACAAGGAUACGGAAAACUUUUAAUCGCCUUCAGCUACGAACUGAGCAGAAUAGAACAGACUGUCGGUAGUCCCGAAAAGCCAUUGAGCGAUUUAGGAAAAUUGUCAUACAGAAGUUAUUGGAGCUGGAUUCUUUUAGAAAUCUUGAGAGAUUUUCGAGGCACUCUAAGUAUUAAAGAUUUAAGCCAGAUGACGAGUAUUUCACAGACGGACAUUAUAUCGACGCUACAGAGUAUGAACAUGGUAAAGUACUGGAAGGGACAACACGUAAUUUGCGUAACGCCUAAACUGGUCGAAGAGCACAUUAAAAGCAGUCAGUACAAGAGACCGCGGCUGACUGUGGACAGCACCGCGCUCAGGUGGGGAGCACCGCCUCGGAAAAACGUAAAACCUGGCAAGAAGUAGUGAAAGUC